GACUUUACAAACAAUGAGGAUGGUUUUAUUACACCAUCAGCAUGGUGGCCUUGACAUGAAGGACCUGGAUAUUUGCUUUCAAGGCGUCGCCAAAGCAUUCCGCGAUAUAUCUCUGCCCCAGAUUCUUCUUUUCGCAGCAUCCACUUCCCCAGACGUCAAUGUGCCGCCCCACCUGUGUUUGGGUCCGAGGACAUGAUCAGAUAAAUAACGACGCGUAUCGACUAUCAGGUGUUUUCAACCCUUCGAACGCGAAAACCAUUGAAGUCGCGAGGCCCAACAUGCUGACUAUAAUCAUCUAUUUUGAUCUAUAUUGUACUCACCGUUGUCAGAUGCAAUAGUCCCGGGACUGAGCCACCGAAACCACACGUACCCAUGACUCAGCUCUAUCAAAAAUUCAGCAACCAUUUUCAUAUCCUCCAGGGCACUGGCAACGGCGAUGGAUGUUCUGCUCCUCGAUCGAGCGUCUAUAUGUUUGGACUAUUCCUCCUCGGACAGACAUCCACCACCAGAUCUCCGCAAACCCUUAUAUCUACAUCAUAUCCAACCCCAACCAAGAGCCCUUACUCUACCAGCAUCAUCCUCGCACAAUGAAUACCUGGCUCUCCGUACACAUCGGCGCCAUCGUAGACAGCCGGUGUUCCUUCUCCAAUCUGAUAGAGUCUACUUCGGCACUCAUCAAGCCGGCAAGUACGACCGAGCUGGAGGGCUGGGUUCAAUUCGUCAUCCCCAGUCCGCCUCUCAUGAACCCUGUGCUGAGAACUCUCGCCGUCGACUUUUCGACCAUGGGAGCCACGGUUGAUGGUGUGCGUGUCCUCCUUGGCGGCGCGGAGGGUUUCAGCAUGAGAGACAUGCAUGCAAUACAGUCCUUCAGCCAUGAAAUCGUCUCCAGGACGGCCAUCCACAAAAACAAGGGCAUUGCCGUGUCGGUGCUGGCCAAGUUCAUGAACAUGAGCUCCAGCUGCAGGUUCCAGUCUGUUGCCAUCGAGGUUUAGGUAUUCGGCCCGUAGAACUGCCGCAGCAGAUGUCGUCUUCGUUGACGUGGGAUGUAGAAGCCGGCGGCGUUGUCCUCAUCGUGUAUUGCCUCCAGCAGGCUUAUAAUAUUUCCUCAGGCUGCGCUCUUUUGCGAAACUCAUGCUCUUUACGGGGAUCACAUAGUGCUGGCUAUACAGCCUUAUUAUAGCGGUGCUCGAAUUUCUAUCCUCCCUUGGGGUUGCCCUGCUUGGCUCGGAGCAUCUAAACCACCUGUGUCGGCAGGAGUAGUCCCCUCCGGCCGGCCAACACGCCCACACUUCAAACGCUCAAACAGCUGGUAUCGUUUCAUAGCAAGACACCCGCCCUCGGC